AUGAUACAACAGCCUCAGAGUCAGGUAGACAUACAACAGCAACAGCAACCACAGUCACAGCCACAACAACAACAACAACAACCACAGCAAGUAACAGUUGCUAGUGGACAGCAAACUAUUACUAUGCAGAUGUCAACUGAUGGAUCUAAUGGAUCCACCGUUCAACUUCCUCACUCGUCGGCACCAAUGACCACAAUAGAGGUAAGUAUUUAUUUUUUCAAACAAUGUCUAGAAAAUAAAGAAUUAUAUUAUUUAUUUUUUUUUUAGACUUCUGGUCAAAUGCAAAUUUCCACUAUUCAACCGCAGCAACAGCAACAGGGCCAGGUACAAAUUUCGAGUAUUCAAACUCAACAGCAAGGUCAAGUCCAACAGCAACAUGCUAUGCAGGCGCAAACAUCCACACAACAGCAACAGCAGCAGCAAGCUCAAAUUCAACAGAUUAACGAUUGGAGUCAUGGCCGCGUUCAGUUAAUUCAGCAGGCUGGUCCACAAUUUGUACAGUACAACGCACAAGGCCAACUGAUCAUGCCAGGAACAAUGUUGCAACAUCCAACCUCCGGUGCUAUACAGGUGAUUGCAGCUCCCAAUAAACAAUUCCAGUCACAACAGAUGCUCACCACUGCUCAUGCACACAAACAGGUAAUAUCACAAGGACAAGCAACAUCGUUUCCAGCUGGAUAUGCUGCUAUACCGACCACUACCAAUCAGACACUUGUCAUUGGCCAGUUAGGGGUUAUUAGUAGUCAGCCAAAUAUGAAACAAAAUGAAAUGCAACAAACCGUACGUAUCAUGGAUUAAUUUUAAUAUGUUUUGUUUCAUUUGGAUUUUUUUUUUUAGUACACCAGUUGUGCUACAGGGAGGACAAACGCUCAGACUAUGCAAUUUUCGCCCUGGCAGUUUAAUACGUCACUGCCUCAAGGAAUUACUUGGGCACCACAGCCUCAAGCAUUAUUAACCACUCAAAAUCAUCCGAUUUUUAUCAGAGGUUAGUUAUUAAAGAUUUAUUAUAUAUAAAUAAAAAUGUAUACAUAAAAAUAAAUAAAUGUCAUGUUUUACAUUUUUGUUGUGUUAUACAUACCUGAUGAUGGAUUUUAAAUUCGAAAUAAGUAUAAUUUUAUCAUAAUACUCUAGGCGACACAUUUCUUUAUUUAUUUAUUUUUUAUAUACAUUUUUACAAUUUUUUUUUUUUUUUAAAAAGCUUUUGCAUGCUUAAUUUUGACAGUAUUUACAAAAGAAAAAGUCACUCAAAGUCCUUUGAAAAUUAUUUUCAAAAUGAUUGAUUUUCCAAAACUCAUGUUUUUAAGUUUAAAAUACCAUAAAUUUAAAAAUAUAGAAUUGUUUUUUCUUAUAAAUGUUAGUAUGUUUUUGCUCAACAUUUUGGUGGAAUCAAAAUUUACCAUGCUUUUUAUGUUAUUUUUGACUACGUAAAACUUAAUUAAAAUAUUAUUUUAUUAUCUUCAUGUAAAAGUAAAAAUAUCUUUAAAAAAAAAAGUUGGGAGGGCUAGUUACAUAUAUAUGUUAUUAGACAUCAAAUGAAAAAAAGUAAAUUUUCAGGUAUUUUAAUAUGGUAAUGUUUUAAAUGACUAUAAUUAAGUUGUUUGUGGUUUUUUUUAGCAAUAUUAAAUUCUGAUUAGGACAAAAUGUUGAGUAUAAAAAUACUAAUAUUUAUAAAAAAUUCCAAAUUUUUCCUUUUUGGAUUUUUUAAACUUAAUACCAGAAUUUUGAGAUAUUGAACAUUUUGGAAUUCUUUGACCAUAAAUUCCAAUUCCAAAGAAGGUAUGAAGGACUUUUUUAAAAUGCCAUCAAAUGAAAUAUGUAGUAAUAUAAAUUUUGAAAAAAAUAAUUUUUUGGGAAACCAAACUACAUUUAUGCCACAUCUAAUAAUAUACGUUUUAAAUCUAUGAUUCUUUUUCACUAAAUUAAAAAAAAAAAAAAAGAAAUUAAAACAAGCAUAAAUGUUCCAGUUUUUCUUUUCUUCUUGUUUUAUUUUAUUAUAUUAGUAAAAGUAAAAAAAACACAUAAACUUAAUAAAAUUAUUACCAGAAACUAUUUGUGAAGUUGAUGAUUGGAGCAAGAUUUCUGGUUAAAAAAUUAUUACAGUUCAAAAUCAUAAUAAAUUUUAUAGUAUAAAUUCAUCAAAUUUUAACGAAAUAAUAAUUAAGAUAAAAAUUAAUAAAUUAAGUUAAUAUGUAUGUUAGAUUAUUAUCAUAUGUUUUAUUUUAUAGGUGGACCACAACAAGAUGGUCAACAACAACAAGUACAAACUCCUAUGUUUAUACAGAGUCCUCCACCCCAACACCUUCAACAACACCAUGGUCAAACUAUGGUACAAACCAGUGGUGGUGUCAUGCAAAACAUCGGACAAAUGGUUACUGGUACUACAACUACUACUAUAAAAUCACAGCGGGCUGAUAUUCAACCUAAGGUAGUUCCGGCGCCUAAUAGUAUGGUGAAUAAUAGACAACUGUCCAUAUUACCGUCGGUACAUUCAAUUCGCCCAAAUGCUACUAUUUCUACACAAACCACUACUGGAAUACAGCACUUGAAUCAGAUGCAAAAAGCUCAAGUUAAAGUCAGACCCAAGACUGGUGUUCGUCAAAGUUUUAAUAUAGCACCCCAUAAAUCAGAUGCUGCAAAUCAGACUAAUCAAACCAAAAGUAUACAGUCUCCUCAGCAAACUAUAAACGCCAAUAAGUAAUAUUAUAAAAUGAAUCUGUAAACAAUAUUUACUAUUAAUUAUUUUUUUUUUAGAAUGAUUUUAACAAGUACUGGACAACUUGUACCACAAAUUCAACAACAGCAAACUGUACAAGUACAGCACUUGCAACAACACCAACAGCUACAGCAACAACAACAACAGCAGCAGCAGCAGCAACAACAACAGCAACAGCAGCAAAUAAAAUUAGUUAGCAUGCAAUCACCAAAUCAUCAAAUUGUAAGUAUGCAGUCUCCUCAAGUUGCGUAUCAACAACAGAUAAUCAAACCCAAUACAAAUGUAAUGAGUAUGUCCAUGAAUUCACCACAAAAGAUACAAAUACAUCAGCUGCAGCAAGGCCAAGCUAUUGUUAGUAAUCAGCCUCAACAACAAAUUACUAUAAUUGAUCGUCCUGUUGUACCAGUUGUUUCAUGUGCCCCCCAGGCACCAACACCAACACCAACUCCAACGCCAACUCAAUCUCAGAUUUCACCGCAACCCCAAGCAACAGUAUCAAUGCCACCACCGACCAAACCUGAUGAAUCUCCCAAAACAUCUGCUAUACAAACUCAGGAAUUUGUAGCAGUUUCAACACCAGAAACGCCUAAAACAACUUCAGCUGUUUCAUUACCUGUUACAUCUAAUGAAGAUAAUACUAGAGAUAAGGGAUUACCCAAAGCUUUAGUAAAACCACAAAUUUUAACCCAUGUUAUUGAAGGUUUUGUUAUUGAAGAAGCUGAUCAACCAUUCCCUUUUAAUAGAUCAUGUACAUUCGUUGAUAUUACAAAUAAUACACAAGAUAAGGAAACUAAUAAAUUGGAUGAUGAACCAGCAAGUAAGAAUGUUUUUUUUAUUUAUUUUAACUUGAUUUCAUUGAUUUUGUAACUAAAUAUUUGUUUAUAAAGAUAAAAAAAGUAAACCAGAUAAUAACAAUCUGGAGAAAAGCAAAUGUGACUUUUGUGGGAAAUGUCAAGAUCUGCAAAAAUUUAAAAUUAAAAAAAAAUCAAAACGCUUUUGUUCUCAAGAAUGCUCAAAAAUGUUUGAAAAUAAUUCAAAAGCUGGGCUAGUUGACAAAAAAAAUGGGAAAAAUUGGGUAUGAGUGUUUGCAAUAAUAGUUUAUAUAACGUGUAAAAUUAAUUUAAGCACUUUUAACUAGGAAUGCGAAAGUAACGGGUCAGCUGGUGAUUCUAGUAAUACUAGCACAUCAAUUGAUUUGCCUAAUCGUAUGCAAAUUGAUUCUGAUGUAAAAAUGGAUUUGAUUCCAGAAUCAGCUCCCAUAAAUCCAUUAACAUGGACCGUAAGUUUUAAAUAUUUUGUUUUAAGAUGUAUAUUAUAGUAUCUGCUUUAUUUAACAUUUUAGGUGAAAGAUGUACGAAAGUUUAUUGGUCAACUAACUGAUAGUGAAGAAAUAGCAGCAGAUUUUGAAAGUCAUGAAAUUGAUGGUCAAGCUCUAAUGUUGCUUAAAGAGGAUCAUUUGAUACGAGAUAUGUCUAUGAAACUAGGACCGGCAUUAAAAAUAUUUGCCAAACUAGAUGCUAUGCGAAUAGAAAAUCCUGAACUUCAACCACCAGCUACUUCUCAAUAA